AUGGCACCAUCUAACAAAGAGCUUGCAAGCUUGAUCGUCGAUUAUCUUUCGCGCGCUUCUGAGACCUCUCAAGUCCGUGAAGAAUUCUUGGAUUCAGUAAACGUGGCAGUUGACUGUAUCACGGAAGCAUUUGAACUAGAACAAGAAACAGUGGCCCAAACCCUGCAAAAGAGCUUCAAUGGCCAAAGUUUGGAACAACUUGUGGCUUCAGCCGCUAAAAACGGUUCUGGCUCGGAAACCUCUUCUUCCGUUGUUCCAGAGAGCGUUGAAGUGAACAUCCCAGCAGACGACGCUGAGACCAAAGCCAAGGCUGAGACGCUAAAAUUGGAGGGCAACAAGGCUAUGGCUGGCAAGGACUUCCAAUUGGCUAUCCAAAAAUACACGGACGCCAUCGAAAUUUUGCCUUCCAACGCCGUAUACUACGCCAACAGGGCAGCUGCUCAUUCGUCUUUGAAGGAAUACUCUGAAGCGGUGCAGGACGCCGAACUAGCCAUCAAAGUCAACCCUGCCUACUCGAAGGGCUACUCGAGACUCGGAUUUGCCCAGUACGCUCUGGGUAACUCCGAAAAGGCCUUGGAGGCGUAUAAAACCGUUCUCGACAUCGAGGGCGAGAAGGCUACCGAUGCUAUGAAGAGAGAUUACGACACUGCUAUGAAGAAGGUCGAGCAAUCUCUCAACUUGGAAAGAGCCGCACCUGGUGCUGGAAGCGAAGCUGACGCUACCGCUUCUCCAGCUGGAGGCAACGGCGGUGGAUUCCCAGAUUUGUCUUCCAUGUUCGGUGGUGGCGGCGGUCUAGGCGGUCUUGGCGGCCUCUUGAACAACCCUCAAAUGAUGCAAGCUGCCCAGCAGUUCAUGCAGAAUCCAAAUGCCAUGAGCGAGAUGAUGAGCAAUCCUGCCGUUAGACAAAUGGCCGAGAAGUUCCAGUCUGGUCAGGGUGCCCCCAGCAUGGCCGACAUGAUGAAGGACCCUGCUUUGAUGGACAUGGCCAAGAACUUCUUGGGCGGAAACAAGAAAUAA